UAUGCUCUUCUUUCCAAACCAAAUUAUGUGGUUUUCAUUCUGAUAAAAGUCUAAUUUUUGUGUUCUUCUACUACUUACCAACUUCUGCUUCUACUUAAAAAAAGGCUUUAUAUGCUAUUUUGGGUUUCUCUGUCCCUUCACAUCCCAUUUUAUUUUACAUGAGUGGGAAAAGAUGAAUGACUCAAAUGAAGUGCAUAUAUUUAUGCUAAUUACAAGAGUUGAUCAUUCCAACAGAGCUAAUAACCCGCGGCAUCAGAUGCAAAUUAUAAAACUGCCUUGAAGUUUGAUGUGUUACUGCAGUUAAUUUGUUUAUAGCAAUGUCUAGACUUUGGGCCCUGGUUUGUCUGCUGUUGUUAAUUGUGUUCACAUCACAGUUUGAGUGGAAGCAGCAAAUUCAUAGUGAAAUUGAAGCCAGACCUACCACGUUCCAGAAACUGAAAAAAAUACCACAAAAUGAAGAAUCUGUGAAAGAAAAGAUCAUUCUCUCUCAAGAGAAAAAUAUUCAGAGACUUCAUGAGCUUGUUCGGAGUCUUCGUGAACAGUUGGUACAAUGUAAGGUUGGUUAUGAGGUUUCUAAUGUCGCCACAAACCCUUUGGUAGAAUUUCUAUCUGAAUUGGAGUAAUAGCCAUUCUUAGUGUUAGAGGACUAGUUGUGGAUCACACAUGUUGAACAACUUAUAUAUAUGCAAGUUUAAAAGCCUUGUUUCUUUUUCUAAGCAGUUCUUGAUGAGGUUGUGUGUACAACAAUUGCAUCAAUUUGUGCCACAAUUUUACAUUUGAUCAAUUUAUUAUGAUAGAUAUAUUUUUGCUCA